GCCUAAUCUCUUGAAUGUAGUCAGCUAUGCAAUGCCUCGCCCAUUUCCUUUAACUACAUGUGUUGAUCCACAUAGCAAAAAACAAAAUCUCGUCGAACAAACUAACCUCGAUAUCAAUGGCGGAGGCAGGUGUCAGGUAUGCACUGGUCACCGGUGGGAACAAAGGAAUCGGAUUGGAGAUAUGUAAGCAGUUAGCUUCCAAAGGAAUUAAGGUGAUUUUAACUUCAAGGGAUGAGAAGAGAGGCCGCCUUGAAGCACUGCAAUCCCUCAACCACUCUGGCCAUGUGGUUUUUCAUCAACUCAAUGUUGUCGAUUCUGCAAGCAUCGCUGCUGCUGCCCAAUUCGUCACCACAAAAUAUGGGAGGCUUGACAUUCUGGUGAACAAUGCAGGAAUACUAGGAGCAGGACUGGAGGGAGAUGUCUCAAUUCUUCAAGAGGUGGUAGAAGCAAUUGCUGCUGCAGUCUUUGCUAACUCAAAGGCUGAGACGUCGCCGCCGCAGAGUGGAACUAUGAUCCAGACAUACGAGGAUGCAGAAGAGUGCAUGCAGACAAACUUGUACGGUGUAAAGAGAGUAACAGAAGCCCUCAUCCCUCUCCUCCAACUAUCUGCUUCACCAACUAUUGUCAAUGUCUCCUCCAUAGUAGGCCACCUUAACCACUUUCGGAACGAGCGCGCAAAAGCUGUGUUGAGCAACGAGGCGGGGCUGACAGAAGAGAGAAUUGAUGAGGUGGUGCGAGAAUUCCUCAGUGAUUUCAAAGAGGGGAGAUUGGAGGAGAACGAGUGGCUGACUCAUAUUGGUGCGGCCUAUCAAGUCUCUAAAGCAGCUUUGAAUGCGUACACUAAAGUGUUGGCUAAGAAGCACACUGAUUUCAUCAUCAACAGCCUCUGCCCUGGCUUUGCAAGAACAGAUUUAUCCGGCAAUCUCGGUGCCAUCAGCGCCGAGGAGGCUGCUCAGAAGGUGGUCAGGGUGGCGCUGCUGCCUCGCAGAGGGCCGUCGGGAGCCUUCUUUUAUGACAAGGAUGUGUAAGCUGUUGCUACUUGAUGGAUAGAAGACUUGGCAUCACCAUUAUCUAUAAUAAAAACUUCUAUUACAUGCUUAUAUUCAAGAAUCAAA